AUGAGUGGCGGUUUGGGAGUGAUUCAGAGAUAUGAGCCAGCCCCGCGAUUGACCAUUCACGGGGGCGUGGCCCAAUUUGGACAUAAUGCACCUAUCAAGACAUUGUCCGGCACUCUGCGACAUCCGGCACACAAGAAAGGUCGCGGAAAAGGAUUGCAGCUCUUGCGUCAGAGAUUGCAGGUAGCAGAGCCCCUCGAAGCAUGUGUGAAAGAGGGAAAGUCUUACGGCUUGCCGCUGCGAGGACCUUCGCUUGCCCCUACUUCGAGGUCUGCGCUGCUGGAUCGUGGCCAGCUUGUUCCCGACCACACGCAGACUCUUCGUGCGGGCGAGUGUUUCAUCCAAGCUCCUCACCGAAGCGGUGCCCCAUCACUCUUGGGCAAGGAGGUCGUGCUCAUCCGAAGCCCCUGCUACCACAACAGCGCGGUGCUCAAGCUUCGGGUUCCCGAUGAGCUGCCACCAGGCCUCUCUCACAUGGUGAAUGUGGUCGUUUUGAAUGCGUGCAGCUCCCGACAGCAGCCGGCAGAUGCCGAGGUCAUGGGCGGAGACCAUGACGGAGAUCAGGUUUUGCUGAUUUGGGAUCAGGAGAUUGUGGAUCAAGUGGUUCCUUCCGUGGUUCACGUGGAGGAUGCCAGCUUUGAGGAGCGGAGCCAGAAGACUCUGCAGGAGGUUUCUCUCGCAGAGCUUCCGGGCUUGAUGUUGGAUGAGCUGGAGAUGGCUGCUCGGUCACAUCAGGUCUUUCGCGAAGCGGACAACAAACGAAGGGAUUGGGUGGAUGAGGAGGGCUUCGAUGGAGAGCAUGCACUCCGACUUGCUGGGAUUUGCCAAGUCGGCGUGGACUGCGCCAGCAAUGGCCGAACCAUCGAAAUUCCGACGGAGCUCAAGAAAUCUAAGCGCCCUGACUGGUCCUUGAAGUCCAAGAAGAUGCAGCACAAGAUCCGGCUCUCGGAGAAGGCUUGCGGCCUGCUUUUUCGGCGAGAGGUUGAAUUUGAACCCUUCGAGGGCGUUUGCUUCCUGUCGCCUUUGCAGCUGGGACUUCCGACAUAUCCUCGCGAUCAACUUGAGCAAGCUGUCGGCCUGGUGCUCUCGAAGCUCGGCGAGCUGCAGGAGAAAGCCGAGAGAAUCCACCACAGAGCGCAUCUUUGCCGACAGUGGCGCAACGACCUCCGCAGGGCACUCUUCAGGCAGAGCCGCAAAGACCUCCAGGAGGACUUCGUCGAGGGCCUCUUCGGUGCUGCGGCGUACAUCGUGCAGCUGUCCGCACAUGCGAAGAACGAUGGCAAGGAGGAGUGCCAGAAACUGAAGGCUCAAGCUGCCAGGGAGGCCUUGGCGGCCCUGGCGGAGCCGGAGCCGCCAUGCCUGGGGCAGGAGCUCCAAGACUUGGCAAAGGCAAGAAGUUCGAAACCGGCUUUACGUCCUUCGGAGAUCUGGCAGCUCUUCGGGGAUGAGGUGCUGCAGACACUGUCUGCGGUGCUACAUGGUCCUUGCCCACACCGCCCGGAGGAGACCUUCCUCAUCGAUCCUGCAGAUGUUCGAUUCUCCCACCCGGCAAUCAGCCCACACUUCCGCAGCGGGCUGCCCCUGGAGGAGGCUGUAAAGAAGCUACUGCAAGGGGCGCGGAAGCGUGACUUCAGCAGAGUUGGUCCUCUUCCCGUUCGAUGGCACCAUGGCCAUUUUCACACCAUGGGGAACCGUCGGCUGGCGGUGUACAGGCUCUUCAAGUUCCAGCUGCCCUUUGGAUCUCAUCGUUGUCCGCUCAUUCGCGCACGGCGAGUGAACGAAGCCGAGGCGCUCCGUUGGCCAUGGAACCGAAAGUUUCAACUUGACGAGAUGGAAGGACGACGAGUUCGCGUCCGAGAAGUGGAUCAGGUUGUUGGGGAGACGGCCGAGGAGACGACGUUUUCUUUUGCAUGA